GUUCAGCCUAUAAAGCCCGCAGGUGCACAGUAAUUGCACAUAAAGCAGUUCCUGUCUGUUCGAAGCCAUUUAUCCACUUGUUGUUUAUUGCUUCGUUUAUUUCAUUUGAAGAAAAAAACCCGUGUGUGCUGCAAACAUGAGUGCCGGAGGAGGAACUCCUUAUAUUGGCAGUAAGAUAAGUUUGAUCUCAAAGGCCCAGAUUCGAUAUGAAGGGAUACUGUCUUCUGUGGACACCGAGAGGUCCACCGUUGCUUUGGCCAAAGUUAAAUCCUUCGGUACGGAGGACCGGCACGCGGAGAGACCAGUGCCUCCAAAAGAUGAGAUAUUUGAAUACAUAAUAUUCAGAGGAAGUGACAUCAAAGAUAUUACCGUGUCUGAACCUCCAAAACCACACCACGGACUACCCCGAGAUCCUGCCAUUGUUCAGUCAUCCAUGGGCCCGUCUUCUGGAUACCACCCACAUUGGAGUCCAUACAGAGAAAUGAUGCCCACCUUUAACCAACUGGCUGCUGGCUCUCUGCUGACUCAGCAGUACAAUGCAGCUCUAGACCUAAUGCCAGGACUUCCCGGUGCAGCCAGGAGGGCUCCUAUGGUGGAGCAGGCGGUUCAAACCGUACCUUUAUCCACAGCCACACAGAGAAGGGGAAAGGCUCCCACCCCGCCGCAGAGCAGGAUUCCUGUUCGGCCCUCCAGGGGCCCCCCACGAGAUGCUGCGCGGGUUGAGAAGGAGAAUGUUCCCACCAGUCAAGCAUCAAAACCAGCUGCUGCGAAGGUACAAGGGCAAAGUGCUGUUGAGAAAACGAGACAAAAACAAGGCAGUCGCAGAACCAGGACCAGAAGUCGUGGCCAGCUAUUGGCGAAAAACUCUAAAGUCACAGCUUUGGAGUUUGAGGCAGAUUUUGACUUUGAAACUGCGAAUGCUCAGUUUAAAGAUCAUCUGACAAAGGAGGCUAAAGGUAAGUUUUUAGGUUGUCAGAUUGGUAAAUCUGGGGGGGGGAAGUUGACUAUCUUUCUUUGUUUAGCAGGUGAGAAACUGGUCUCUGGGGAGGACCAGGACUCGAAGCAUGAGCUAGAGGAGGAAACUCUUCCAGAGAAGUAUUACAACAAAGCUAAAUGUUUCUUCGACAACUUCUCAGAAGACCCUAAACCCAGGAGAACUACCUGGGCGGAGGAGAAGAAGCUGAACAUGGAAACAUUUGGAGUCCCUGGUCGCUUUCUGAGGGGGAGAGGAUUCAGGGGACGUGGGCGCAAAGCAGAGGGCAGCACAGAUCGGCAAACCCUCGCCAAGAUUGGCAGUGGGAGGGUGUGAAAACCUUUUUGUUAAUGCUACUGUAAAUGU